GUGUGGCGCAACCCCAACACAUGGAAGGGCGGGAAGGACUGUAUCGGUCGAUGGAUGACGGGGGGGUGCCACAUCGGCGGGGCAGCUUGGCGAAUAUCCUUGGCCGGGGGGGCAGCAUCCUCGACGAUGUGGAGCCGUAUGCUUCCGACUCGGACGAGGACAGCGACCACUUGAACGACGACAACGACGUACACAUGAUACACCACAGUCCGAUUCCGCAUCUGGGGUUCUGCUACCACGGCGAUGUAUUCUACCAACGAGGUCUGUACACGGAAGCGCUGCUGUACCUGUCUCGCCUUCCGCGCAAAACCAACCCCCCCCUUCCUUCGGACUUGAACCACAGGUUGUCGACCCCAUCAUCCUCGUCAUCCACACGCAAAACGGGUAUGUCCAAGUUGAAGCCCAUGUCGCGGGCAGGGAACCACCGCGACUCCAUCAUCCCCGACGUCAAGGACGAAGGACGAGACUCCCGCACGACUCGGAAACGGCAAUGUGCGCAUGCCAUCGAUGCCAUGGCGUCCAACCCGAUUUUGCACCCGACGCUUUUCUCCGACAACGUGAUUCCGACGUUGCUGUCUCUGUGUCGGUCCAAGGACGCGGUCACGUCGCAGCUGUGCGUGUCGGCGCUGUGCCACUUGAGCGGCAGCCAACGCGGCCGUGAGCUGAUGCUGCAGCACGGGUGUCUGUCGUUGCUCCAAGCGGCCUUGCUCCUGCCUGGCAACACAGACCACCAUUUCAACGUGUUGGCGACGUUUGCCAACUUGAGCAUUGAAGACAGCUUCGAGUCCAUGUUUGUCAAGGAGAAAGCGCUGGAAAGCAUGGUGCAGCACCACAAAGCCAGCGACGCGGUCGAGCGACUCGCGUCCUUCACCCUCUUCAACUUGAGCUGUCCAUCGUACACGUACCCGCGCAUCAACGACGUCAUGCGUGCGUUGGUUGAGCACGGCCGCGACUGCCGCGACCGGCUGCUGCUGAGUCAAGCGUUCUACAACCUCACGGCCACCAAGUCCAACCGCAUGAAAAUCGCCGCCAUCCCGGACGCAUUCGAGGUCGUCAACGUGCUCGCGGUGACCACGUCCGACCCAGUCAUUCGAAGCAACGCAUUGCAUUCGCUGUGGUGUUUGUCCGAUACCGAAGGCUGUCGCCGGGCGCUGAUCCUGCACGGGUCGGUUCGGGCACUUGUCACGAGCUUAAAAGCCACCACAGAUAUCCAGGACCUGCGAUGCAUCUUUGCCACCCUAGACAACGUGGCCACGGAAUCCCUCGGCUGCGAAGCAAUGGCCAACGUUGGGGCCCUCAGCUCCCUCGCGCACCUCUCCAACCUCCUCGUGGACCCGGCUCUGAAAACGUCCGUGUACAAAUGCAUGUCGCUGAUCCUCGCGGGCGAGCGCAACGUCCGACAUGUCGACGUGGCGUUCUUCGAACUGCUCGUGUCCUACACGCACUCGACGUCGCAGGACAUGAAGAACAUCUCCCGGUACGUACUCCACGGGCUCGGCUGUCUCCUCGCCUUCACCAAACCAGACUCGCACUCGUUCCUGUACAACUUGGCCUACCUCCCCAAACUACUCUACCACGUGCUGUACAAGAGCUUUGAGCCGAGUGGCGCCGACGAAUACCUCCAGGGGGUCCUCUUGUACAACAUUACAUUGCGCUUUCCCCCCACAGACGUGGCCAAGCCAUCGCUUGCUCGCGUUCUCCAUUUUGGCAAGGAAAGCCCCAGGGAAGACAUCCGUGCGCUGGCGUGCGGCAUGCUCUUCAACCUGUUCCAAGCGCCGUCGCUGCACCAGCCCCUCCUCACCCACGACGGGGUCCUCGACGUGCUCGUGAACCUCCUGCAGCUCCCGUCCGCGACGUCAUUGGACUUUGAAACCCCUUGCAAAUGCCUCGACAUCAUUUGCGUCGUCUUGGACCAGCAACAACUCGGGGAAGCGUUGGCCAUGGCACUCAUCUACGCCGUCUUCCCCACCAUCGUUCAGCUGUGCGAGCGAGGUGAUUCGCUCGUGAAUGCUGGCUGUGCCGCCUGCUUUGCUCGGUUUGGCAUGGUCGAGCCGUGUCGAGUGCAGAUGGUGCGCAACGGGCUCAUUGCGUCCCUGUCGCUCUUGGCAGGAGAAGACAGCCCCGAGACGAUACAGCUCGUCGUGAGCACGUACUCGCAACUGAGCUGCGACCCGAGUAUCUGUCGCGAACUGAUUGAAAAGGGCAUCGUGCAUUCGCUGGCGAGUUUGGCAGCCGCCCCCGAAGAGGAUGUGCGACGCGCAUGUGCGAUUGCGUUUUGCAACUUGUCUACGAGCGAAGACAACAUUGUCACGUUGGUCAAGCACGGCGCGUUGAAAGCGCUGCUGGUCAUUUCGUGCGUCAAGUCCAACGACGCCAUCACCCGCCGCAUGUGCAUGAAGGCCGUGAUGAACUUAAUGCGGUCCGAAGCCAACAUCCCCACCAUGUGCAACGAUGGCCUCCCGUGGGCGUUCACGAUCUUUGCCAUGUCGAGCGAAGAACAAGAUUUUCCCAUCUUGGCCGAUGCGUUUUGCGGGCUGUCGUUCUACAAAGAAACACGCAAGGGGCUGGCCAAGGUUUCAACGUUGACGUGCUUUCUGCACAUUUUGCACCGUAUCUACGACACCCCCGCCGGCGCCACGAUGCUCAAAGGCAUAUUGAACUUGCUCACGGACAUUGACGUGGCGCCUCCGCUGCUAAACGCGGGCCUGUUGGGGGAAUUGAAUCACUUGGCUGAAGCCGCGUCUGUGGACAUCCGACGGAUGGUGGCGCAGAUCCUCACGGCGGCGUUCCAGUCGUCCCCCGAAGCUCGCUCGAAAUACAUGGAAGAAGCGACAUUGCACAUCAUCGGCCACCUCCUCAAGACCAACGACGCCGCCACCAAGCAUUGCUGUGCCAUUCUCUUGCACGUGCUGUCGUUAGACGACAAGACUGUGCGUGUAUUGAUCCUCAACGACACCAUGACCACGGUACUGGAUCUCUUUUGUAGCUAUCUACGUCAUGUCGGCUAUGUACCUGAAAGUACUACUCACCUCUUCCAAGGUCCUCGACACAAUUCGAGAAAGCGGUCCAAACCUCGACGUGAUGCUGCUACUCAUGCGCGCCAUCUACAACAUUUCGUGCCGAGACGACCUCCUCGUCCACGUCUGCAAGAGCGGCAUCGUGUCGGCGAUUUCUUUCAUCGUGUCGUCGCAAGGGGACAGCCCGCCGUCGGUGGCCAUGUGCGCCGCCAUCAUGCGCAACUUGAGCUGCGAAGGGUCGUGCCACGCGCAGCUCGUCAACGACCAUGCGACGACGUUGUUGGGGUCAAUUUUCAACGCCAAGAACGCGUUGAGAAUUGCCAAGGAAGACGCAGCCAUCGGCGUGUGCAACCUGCUCCUUGGCCGGGUCAACUCGAGUGUCAUGCUCACGCAGGGCGCCCUCACGCCGAUCCUGUGGCUGUGCGCGCACGCCGUCGGGGGCGUCGAAAGUAACGUGUUGUGCUCGGCCGUGCUUCGAAAACUGUCAAUGCCGCCCGGCAACAUCCAGCAGCUCGUGGACGAAGGCGCCGUGCCAUGCGUCGUGUCGCUGCUGGCGACCACGUCCAACCUGUACGUCAAGCGCAACUGCACCGCGACAUUCUGCCUCCUCGCCCGAAAGCAAAGCGUCAAGCCGUCGCUCGCGUCAAAUGGCGUCAUCUCGCUCACGUUGGAUUUGCUGGAAGACUUGAAAAAACCUGCGACCAUACACAACGCAGUCACGAUCAGCAUCCAAAAGAUGAGCAUCGACCUGGUCACAGCGCUCGCCGAGUUUGUCCGGCCCAACGUCGCGGGUGAAAAGCACAUCUCGUCCAUGUUGUUCCAGCUCAUCGACGCCGGGGACGACGGCGGGUACGUCCCGGGCGUGGCGUGUGAGUGGGAGCAGGACCGCGAGUUCCUCGUGCGGGCGCAGGACGGCCCCCUUCCCCUUGCGAAACCGUCGGCGGCGAGACAGCUCCGCCCCGCCGACAUCCCAACUCUCCACGUGCCCCUGUUUCCAAUCCUGUCGCUGGGGUACUCGGAGGGAUUCACUGUCUCCCGCGACCAGAUGGUCAUGCGCACGCUCGACAGCGUUGUGCCAAGCAUCGACAACGCGUACGGAAACCGCAAUUCGGCCGACAAGAUGGAAGACAACUUGGACGUGCUGCGCAAGGUCUUGUUUUCGCACAGCAACCAAGGCAACGCGGUCCGAUCUGCGGGGUGGAAGAAACUCGUGUCCAUGGAAUUCUCGAGCCAGAAGAUGUUUACCAAGCUGCGCACUCCGUUCGCCCCCGUGCCUGUCACAGGGCUGGCGAUCCUACCCGACGGAGACAAGCCCGAUGGGAAACUGGACCCGCUGCAACCACAGGCCCCCCCACCAGUGACCAAGGACAAUGCCCUGAGGAGGGCGCCACCAGUGUUUGACGUCAAGAAGGCGGACGUAGGGGGGGGCAUGAAAUCGAUUGCGAGUUUUACCAUCCAACAUACAGUCCUCGGGUCGCCCGUUCGAGCGUCGCCUCGAGUGGGCACCCCCGGGCGAAAGGUCCGGCUGACUCCAGUGCAAGAUAAAAAGCCAUAACUUAACGAGAACACUGGUCCCAUUGAAUGGUUGCCAACGCUGCUCAAUGACCGAAGAAACCAUGGCCACAUUCGAGCAGCGGAAAACGUAGCGGGGGUGGAACAUGCCAUUCCUCGUUACUUCGGUGGAGCUCUUGACAAGAUAUAAACCGAGGCUGUGUGUCAAGGCAGUCUCGUAUCUACAGUACCUGUACCUUGAUAUAGUACGAGGCUGGGGUUCUAUGGAGUUGGUAUUUCGAAAGAGCAAUGGCAACACGGCA